UUAAACACUAUUUUUUCAAGCAUUGCCGCAGCAUGAGUGCGCUUUACCAUGGAGGGACAGCUCCGGAGGCUCGCUGGGAAAACGAGAAGAAGGUUUACUGCUCUGGAAGGGUGAAAUAAAUCUACUCUGAUGUGGAGAAACUAGGAGAAAAAGUUAAAUUGUGUCGGAAGUUGGGGCGUCGUGACUGUUUAUCCACCUGAACACAUCCAGGAGGAAAACACGUUCAUGCGUAAAAGCUGAGCGCGCUGGGACGCGUUCUCCUCCUCGACCGUAGUCUUAUGUCUCAUUCUUAGUCCGCGCGCCUCGUUUUAUUCUCUGCCAGCAUGUUCUGCUUUUCCGCUCAGAUCAGUUCUUUAACGGAAUCUCUCUUGAAUCCGCUCCACCUGUGGUCGGUUUUGGUGCAGAAACGGCCUCUUUUGGCGACCCGUCAGCCUUGUUUUUGUGAGCUCGGUGCGUAAAUCCCGUCCGUGUUCGCCCCUCCUCUUUGUUCCUGCUGGCUGACGGACUGAGAGCUGCGAGGCAGUGUGACACAAAACACAGAGGAGGACGGAGGAUCUCCAGAGAUCUCCGGCUCCGAGGGAAAGACGGAUCAGCCCACGCUCUGGACUUUGUGAGAAGGAGCGAAGACUUCUUAUUCUGCCUUGUGGGGAUUUUACUUUUGUCGUGCUUGUGAGUAGAAGCUGUAAACUUCAGCGCAUCUCUCCUCCGCUCUCUGAAAAACAGCACUUUUCAUCCAAAUCACGAUGGAGGCAGUGAGUUCCCGGCAGGUCCAGCCAGUGCACGGUCUGUGUUAAUCCUCUUGGCCUGACUGAACAGUUCGUGCCGGAGUUCAGAAUGGUUGAGCCGUUGGGGUUUGUGGAGGCUUGGAGAGCCCAGUUCCCCGAGUCUGACCCCCCUUGCAUGGAGCUGAAGUCACUGGGGGACAUCGAACAGGAGCUGGACAAGUGCAAGUCGUCCAUCCGGCGCCUGGAGAAGGAGGUGAACAAGGAGCGCUUCCGGAUGAUCUACCUGCAGACGCUGCUGGCGAAGGAGAGGAAGUCUUACGACGGGCAGAGAUGGGGAUUUAAGAGGACUCCUCAGACGGAUGACGGAGAUCCUCCCGCUGGGCCAGACGGCCAGAGGUCGCAGGUGGAGGGGUCUCCGGGAGAGCAUCAGCAGCAGAGGGGGCCGUGCAAGCCGGCCAGGUGUAAACCUCAUUCGGAAGGAGAGGUGGACGGCGUUUCCCCCGCCAAGCAGAAGGGAGGCGUGUCACCCGUCCGCCCAGAGUCGGAGCUCCCGGACUUCCCUGUGGGCACGGGCUCCGUGGCGGCGCUCAGGUCCAACUUCGAGCGCAUCAGGAGGGCCAACUCUCACACGGCCGGGGACGGCAGGGGGCUGUCGGUGCUGGGCGGCCAGGAGAAGCCCUUCUACGUCAACAUGGAGUACCAUCACGAGCGAGGGUUGGUGAAGGUCAACGACAGGGAGGUGUCCGACAAGAUCAGCACUCUGGGCUGUCAGGCCAUGCAGAUGGAGCGCAAGCGGUCCCUGCACUCCCUCCCGGGGAACCUGUCGGCCGCUUCCGGAGACAUCAGCAGGGCGGUUCAGAGGGGCAGGUCCACCGAGGGCGGCUGUGGCUACAACGGGUCGUAUGACGAGCCAGAGGUCAGCCCACACGUCCGGCCCGCCGGGGGGAAGCCGGAGUGCCAGCCCUACACCAGUGUGUACGUCGGGGGGAUGAUGGCGGACGGGGACACCCGGGUCAUCCACAUCAGGGACCACAGCAUGGAGGAGGACGCUCACCUCACCUGGCCCAGGCGCUCCUACUCGCCCGGGAGCUUCGAGGACGUCGGCGGAGGCUACACGCCGGACUGCAGCUCCAACGAGAACCUGACGUCCAGCGAGGAGGACUUCUCCUCGGGCCAGUCCAGCCACGUGUCCCCCAGCCCCACCACCUACCAGAUGUACCGGGAGAAGAGCCGCUCGCCCUCCCAGCAGUCCUUCGACAGCAGCAGCCCCCCAACGCCUCUGUCUCAGAAGCGACUGAAGCAGCAGGGCAUCGUGUCCGAGACCCCCAUCAUCGGGGGUCGGAAGUCGGGCCCGAUCUGGCCCUGCGACGGCGACUCCACCACGUCCAGCAGGACGUCUCACGACAACAGUCUUCAGGGAGACCUGGAGACUCCCUACAAUGAGAACCCUCCGCCGUACGGCUUCGAGCUGGAGCCCUCGGACGAGCACCAGCCCCGCCUCGACCCGCUGUCCUUCUCCGGAUCGCCGUCGUCCUCGCCGCGGCUCCGCUCCAAGAGCCGCAGCAGCCGAGACACGCAGUCGUCCGGCUCUCUGGAGUCCACGCUGUCGGUGGAGCUGGAUCAGGAGAAGGGGCUGGAGAUGAGGAAGUGGGUCCUGUCAGGGAUCCUGGCCAGCGAGGAGACCUACCUCAGCCACCUGGAGGCCCUGCUGAUCCCGAUGAAGCCCCUGAGAGCCGCGGCCACCACCUCCCAGCCCAUGCUGACCACCCACCAGAUCGAGACCAUCUUCUUCAAGGUGCCCGAGCUCCACGAGAUCCACAAGGACUUCUACGACGCCCUGCUGCCCCGCGUCCAGGACUGGAGCCACCAGCAGUGUGUGGGCGACCUCUUCCAGAAGCUGGCCAGCCAGCUCGGGGUCUACCGGGCCUUUGUGGACAACUACAAGGUUGCCGUGGAGACGGCGGACAAGUGCUGCCAGGCCAACGCGCAGUUCGCGGAGAUAUCGGAGAACCUCAAGGUCAGGAGCACAAAGGACUGCAAAGACCAGUCGGCGAAGAACUCCCUGGAGACUCUUCUCUACAAGCCGGUGGACCGAGUGACGCGCAGCACGCUCGUCCUGCACGACCUGUUGAAGCACACGCCCUGCAGCCACCCGGACCACCCGCUGCUGCAGGACGCCCUGCGCAUCUCCCAGAACUUCCUGUCCAGCAUCAACGAGGAGAUCACCCCGCGCCGGCAGUCCAUGACCGUCAAGAAGGGAGAGCACCGUCAGCUGCUGAGAGAUCGCUUCAUGGUGGAGCUGGUGGAGGGCUCCAGGAAGCUCCGUCACGUCUUCCUCUUCACCGACCUGCUGCUCUGCACUAAGCUGAAGAAACAGGCUGCGGGAAAGGCCCAGCAGUACGACUGUAAGUGGUACAUCCCGCUGGCCGACCUGACCUUCCAGACGCUGGAGGACUGCGAGUCCACGCCCAUCCCGCUGGUCCAGGACGAGGAGAUCGACGCCAUGAAGAUCAAAAUCUCCCAGAUCAAAAACGAGAUCCAGAGAGAGAAGAGAACCACCAAAGGAUCCAAAGUGAUGGAGAGGCUGAGGAAGAAGCUGUCUGAGCAGGAGUCCCUGCUGCUCCUCAUGUCUCCCAACAUGGCGUUCAGGGUGGCCAACAGGAACGGGAAGGGUUUCACGUUUCUCAUCUCCUCUGACUAUGAGCGGGCCGAGUGGAGGGACAUCAUCCGCGAGCAGCAGAAGAAGUGCUUUAAAAGCUUCUCCCUGACGUCUCUGGAGCUGCAGAUGCUCACAAACUCGUGUGUAAAGCUGCAGACGGUUCACACCAUCCCGAUGACCAUGAACAAGGAAGAUGAUGAAUCUCCCGGUUUAUACGGCUUCUUGAACGUCAUCGUCCACUCCGCCUCGGGGCUCAAGCACAGUUCAAACCUGUACUGCUCCCUGGAGGUCGACUCGUUCGGCUACUUUGUCAACAAGGCCAGAACGCGAGUGCACAGGGACUCGACCGAGCCCAGCUGGGACGAGGAGUUUGAGAUCGAGCUGGAGGGCUCUCAGACUGUGCGGCUGCUCUGUUAUGAGAAGUGCUGCAACAAAGCCAAGCAGAGCAGAGAGGAGGGAGAGCUGACCGAUAAGAUCAUGGCCAAAGGACAGAUAAAGCUGGAUCCUCAAACCCUGCAGAGUAAAGACUGGCAGAGGACGGUCAUCGCCAUGAACGGGAUCGAGGUGAAGCUCUCCAUGAAGUUCACCGGCAGAGAGUUCAGUCUGAAGCGGAUGCCGUCGCGGAAGCAGUCCGGAGUCUUCGGAGUGAAAAUCAACGUGGUGACAAAACGAGAGCGCUCCAAGGUGCCUCUGAUCGUGCGUCAGUGCGUGGAGGAGAUCGAGCGGCGGGGGAUGGAGGAGGUGGGGAUCUACCGGGUGUCGGGGGUCGCCACGGACAUCCAGGCGCUGAAGGCUGCUUUUGAUUCAAAUAACAAGGACGUGUCGGUCAUGAUGAGAGAGAUGGACGUCAACGCCAUCGCCGGCACGCUGAAGCUGUAUUUCCGGGAGCUGCCGGAGCCUCUCUUCACUGACGAGCUGUACCCGAACUUCGCCGGAGGCAUCGCUCUUUCGGACAGCGUCGCCAAAGAGAGCUGCAUGCUCAACCUGCUGCUGUCGCUGCCCGAGCCCAACCUGGUCACCUUCCUCUUCGUGCUGGACCACCUGAAGCGGGUGGCUGAAAACGAGAGCUUCAACAAGAUGUCUCUGCACAACCUGGCCACCGUGUUCGGCCCCACGCUGCUCCGGCCCUCCGAGAAAGACAGCAAGAUCUCCAGCAGCUCGCAGCCCAUCUCCAUGAACGACAGCUGGUCGCUGGAGGUGAUGGCUCAGGUUCAGGUCCUCCUGUACUUCCUCCAGCUGGACAGCAUCCCCACGCCCGACAGCAAGCGUCAAAGCCUUCUCUUCUCCACUGAAGUAUAACAGGAGCCUGGAGAUGGUUCACGCUGUGGAUGCUUCUUUUGGCCACCAGGGGGAGCCACCCGCCCUCUGAAAACUGGAACCAGCCCCCCCAGGACUGAAAGCCAUUUCUGCAGGAGUCCUGUUUACAUGCAGAAGCUUCCUGCUGUGUCAGUAAAACACGUCCGGAUCAUUCCCUUUUUAGUUUAAGUUAGACUCAAAGAAGCAAUACUGCUAACGUUUCCUUCGCCCUGGUCUGUCACUGUGCAGUUAGCUGCUGUCUGCUGUCUGCAGGACGCUGUAUGAAUGGAUUUAUACCUUUCGUACGUUUGUUUCUUUUUCUUUUUUCCUCCUGAAGAUGUUUGACUGGGGUGAAAGCUGACCUGUGCCAAUGUUUCCCCUGCUGACGACCAGUAGAGCGUUUCAGUUGUCCUGAUGUUUACACGCUUCGUUUUGUACAGAAUUGAAAAAGAAAAAGAAAAAAAGAAGUAGUAUGAGACAGAAAACUGUAGCUGACUCUCCACAACAUGCAGGCAUGUUGAAGCAGCCGCCCGCUCCGUGGUGGACCUGCCGGCCUCCCACGCUUCCACGCCUGGAGGUCUGAGCGUUUUUCAGCGGCGGUACAGACAAACGAAAGGUUUCCUGAAAAAGGCGCCGCCUAAUUCUUCCACCCAUGGAAUGUACACUGUGCUGUGUGUAAUUUUAAUUUCACACUUCUCUUUUUUUCUUGUCCAUGUUUCAUAUAUGUCCUUAUGUUUGUUUUGUUGUUUUUUUUAAUUAGAUUGUGUCUGGGCUGAUUUAUUCAGCUGCACUUAAUAUAUGUAUUUAUGUUGCUUUCUGCAUUCCUUCUCUGUAGUCUCUUACCUUCAUGUAACGAAACCCACUCUGCUGUAGAGAUGAGAGCACCUGGAGAUAAUCUGAAAUACCAAAUAUUCCCUCUGUAGGAGCCUGGAAGCGCCGCCAUUCACUCAUAUCCAAAUAUGCUGAGAUAUUAACAGGUUUAUCGUCCGCAGGCCUGGCGUUACUGUCAGAGCUCUGAGGAAACACACUGUGUGUUUUUAUUCACCGUUCAAACUCUGAGAGACUUUCAUUUAGUGUGAAAUAAGCAAUAAAGCUUCGGGCGACCAGGCUGUCAUGUAUGUAUGUAUGUAUGAUUUCUGUAAA